AUGAUGACCAACAAACCUGCCAAUGUAAAUGAUGAGGAUGUCGUGGAUGGCAUGGCCGCAAUCGGGCGACCAGCUGACCAGCCCACUUCGAUGUCCUAUUGUCUACAGCGAAUCCGUCUGGGCGAGUUUUGUCGCGAGAUCACAGACAGUGCCCCUUUUGGAAUCUCUGAUCCUGGAACACCGGCCUACGAGAUAACAAAGCAAAUCGAUCGCAAGAUCUGUGAAUUCGCCAACAGUCUACCCUCGUUCUUCUCGUUAUCCCACGACUCGCAACACUUACCCAAGUGUGAUGAUUGGGUAUCAACAGGAAUUAUCACACAACGAUACAUCCUCAACUUUCUACUAAAUACGCAGAGAUGCAGACUCCAUCUGCCCUAUCUGUCGCAUGCUUCCAAAGACUCGGCGUACGAAUAUUCACAGAAAGCGUGCUUGGAGGCAGCUCGGAUGGUCAUCAGAACCGAGCAACAACUCUCCCAAGAGAUGAUACCCUUCGUCAUAGCGCGCCUGAAGUUUUCCGGUAUGCUACAUUGUGUAUGUGUCGCCAUCAUUGUCCUUCUCAUAGAAUACUGUGGACGUAACAGCCACCAGCAAGAGAAAGAAGGAAGUCGAGCGGAGAUCUUCGAAGCAUUCAAAAUUCUAGAAGACGCCAAGCAGCAAUCCCCCUUUGCAGGCCGGCUUCUUGAGUCUUUCAAAACCGUCCUUCGGAAACAUAGUGCGUCGGCUUCAACCGCUGGCGAACAAUUGGCGCAGUCCGGUCAUGUCAACACCGAGUCAUCGGUACCGCAGCGCACCCUCAAUCCUACGUGUACCGCACUGACUACUUCGUACGCCGGUGGGAACUUUAUGGAUCCAACUCUGCCUGCUUUGGAUGACCUCUGGCAGGUUUUUGACGAGAACGUGGACUCACCUUCGGUGGACUGGGCCAGCUUCUUUGCCGAAUUGGACUCACCUCUUCUGUCAAUGAAUUAG